UCUACUUUAUAUCAAAGUCUUUAACAAAAAGCAAACAACACCAAAGAGCAUAGAAACAAUUGAUUGAACAAUCAUAAAAGAGAAAGAAGACGAUAAGUUCACAAAAGCAAAGCCAAUAAAGAAAUACAAUGCCUUUCCUCGUAAUCUAUCACUAAGCUUAGUAUCUUAACCUCUUAUUCCUUCUCCUUAGCCACCAAGAAAAGCCAAAAAGACUCUCAUCACUCACCUUCUUCUACAUAACUCUCCACUUGUCUCCAUCUUCAUCUGCAAAAGAACAAACAAACACUCUUUAAACACACACACUUCACACAACCAUAUUCAAUACACAACACUAAGAAGACAAGAGAUCAAAAACCGUUAUAUAUGAGCACGGAUUGGGGACCGGUGAUUGUAGCGGUGUCUCUCUUCAUCCUACUCUCACCAGGACUACUAUUCCAGCUUCCCGCAAGAACAAGAGUGGUUGAAUUCGGAAACAUGACUACAAGCGGUAUAGCGAUUUUAGUUCACGCAUUUAUAUAUUUCUGUAUACUCACAAUCUUGGUGAUUGCUAUACAAAUUCACAUCCAUUUCUAAUCUCUACUCUUCUAUCAUGUAAUGUAAUAUAGCCAACAAAAGAAGGCAUUUUUAUUGCAAACUCCAAUGUAUGUACAAAAUCUCUCUAAAUUUCUCCUCUUCUUUAGCUUCA